ACUCACUUCCAUCUCUAUUGUUUCUAAUGUGCUCUCAAGUUGACAACAAACCAACUGUGCAACAGAUUGCACAAUUAUGUUACAACAAAUUCCGCGAAUUACCAAAAACCGGCAAACCCACAAAUGGACAAUGGACAGUAUUAUCAGGAGUAGUGCAGUACAAUAGACGAACACAAACCAGUAAAGUAGUGUCUCUGGCAACGGGAACCAAAUGCAUUGGCCGCACUAAACUUUGUGCCAGUGGAUUCAUAUUAAAUGACUCCCAUGCCGAAGUACUCGCCAGACGUGCGUUUCUCCGGUAUUUAUACUACGAAUUACUGAAAGCCGCCAAGCAACAUAGACAACCACAGGAUAAGGUCGACGAAACAAUAUUCAGCUGGAAGUCAGAUUCAGUUUAUUUUAUGCUCGACAAGGAACUAGAGUUUCAUUUUCUAAGCACACAAACGCCUUGCGGGGAUGCGUGCAUAGUAGAUGAAUCUAUGGAAUCAUUACCAAAACGACAACGACUUGACGUUGAUAACAGGGAUAAUGACUCUGAAACUGGAAUGCCAUUGUGUGACAGCAAUUCAGUUUUUACGGGCGCAAAACUGAUAAAUCAGGACGUAAAGACCGGUGAUGAUUGCAUGCUUCAAACACCGGCGGCUUUACGCACCAAGCCAGGUCGUGGUGAACGUACGCUGUCCAUGUCCUGCAGCGAUAAGUUAUCCCGCUGGAAUGUGAUCGGUAUUCAAGGAGCGCUGCUUGAUAUGCUGAUUGACAAGCCCAUCUACUUCAGUAGUUACAAUUUUAGCUGUAGCUACGCACAUAUUGACAGCCUAAAACGAGCCAUUUACCAACGAUGGCGUGGUAAAAACUGUCCUCAAAGGUGCUGCCCUCCUCAAGAGCCACUGAUUCGAGUUGAUGCGACGCAAAAAUUCGAGUACGCACAACGAGCAGAUUGGCAGCCAUCACCGAGUGGUUUGAUUUGGUCUCAAAUGCCAGAAUUAUUGCGGCCUUUUGAAAUUGCGGUCAAUGGCAAACGCCAAGGCGUUACUAAGAAGCAGUUGUCCACUCCACAAGCCGCAUGUGCAGUUAGUAAAUAUAAGUUACUCCACGGAUUUCUAGAUAUUCUGCACUGCUGCAGCGAGUUGCGUGAAAAGUUGCAGCUGCAAUUGGCUGAUCUGGACAGUUUGUCAUAUGCAAAGUGUAAAAAAAUGGCUGUAGAUUAUCAAUUGGCAUGGUCACAAUUGAAAUCUGAGUACUUCCAACAAUGGACCCAAAAGCCGAACGAUCUGCAAGAAUUUACUAAGCACGCAGCGUGAAAAUGUUGUCCUUCCCCCAAUAGACAACAAAUUUCUGAUGAAGUAUAUUUGAGUUUGAUUCAAAGUACGCCAUCGCAGACGCUCAAUGUAAUCCAUCCAUCUAGUGAAGUUAG